AUGCUGCCGGCGUUUCUGGAGCGGGAGAGCGCGCUGGCGUCGCUGGAGGGCGGCGCCGCCUUUGGCCACCGCCCGCACCGCUUCCUCGCGGCCGCGCUGGGCGACGCAGGCCUGGCCCGCCGCCUGGAGCAGGUUGCAGCCCUGGGAGGCCACUCGGGCGCGGUCAACACGCUGAGCUGGACGGAGGGCGGCGACCUGCUGGCCUCUGGCGGCGAGGACUGCCGCCUGCGCCUGUGGCGCGGCACCAGCGGCGGCGGCAGCGGCGAGCUGCUGCACAGCUUUGACACGGGCCACACCUCCAACAUCCUGUCUGCCUGCUUCCUACCAGCUUCCCGCGGGGACCAGCUCAUCUGCUGCUCCGCUGACCACCAGAUCCGCCACCUGAACGUGACCAAGGGGGCGGUACGGCCGUACCUCGUGCACCAAGCCGCCGUGCGGGCGGUGGUCCCACUGGACCCACACGUCUUUUUAUCUGCCAGCGAGGACGGCACGGUACGGGAGUUUGAUGUGCGGCAGCGCCCCGCAGCGGUGCACCGCGAGGCGCUGGCCGGAGACGAUUCAAACGUGCUGGUGGACCAGAGCGGGGAGCGCGUGGGGCGGUCGCGCGUGCGUGUGGGCAUCUACAGCCUGGCCGUGGACGGGCAGCGGCCCUGGAUGAUGCUGACCGGCGGCACCGACCCUCUGCUGCGCCUGUACGACCGCCGCAUGCUGGUGGUGGGCGCCUCGGGGGGCGGCGCGGACGACGGCGGCACGCCGGGCAGCCGCUCCGGCGCCCGCGCGCCUCAGUGGGUGGCCUGCUACGCCCCCUCCCACAUCAAGGCCUCACUUUGGGACAGCGGGCGGCACCCGGGGCUGGCGGCGCCGGGCGGCGCGCUCGCGCCGGGCCGCGCCGUCACCGCCGUCGCCUUUGCGCGCGGCGGCGGCGAGGUGGUGGGCAGCUACAGCGGCGAGCUGAUCUACAGCUUCGAUGUCAGGCAGCAUGCCAGGGACGUGGAGACACUACUGCACAUCCCCGAGACGGUGCUCAGGGCGCCUGCGCGGCCGCGCAGCCACGCCGGGCGGCGCAGCGCGCACGGCUACGAGGCCAGCCAGCAGCCGCAGGCGCAGUGGGCCUCCCCAGCCGUGCUGCCAGGGGAGGCGGCGGUGGAGGCGGCGGCAGAGGGCGGCGGCGGCACCGCGCCCGGCCCGCCCGACCGCGCCGCCGCGGCGCUGGCGCAGGCGGGGCAGCUGCUGCGGCAGCAGCAGCGCGCCGCGGCGGGGCGCGGCAUCGCCCUCGCGCCCUCCGUGCGCAUGCUGGAGCGGCAGCGCCGGCAGCAGAGCCGGGUGGCGGCCGCGGCGGCGGAGCCUCGCGCCGAGAGCUCCCGCCCCGCCCACUGGCAGAUGCACCCCAGCAGCAGCACGCUGCGCUCGCCCCAGAACGAGCCGCGCCAGGUGGCGCCACAUCAGCAGCACCAUGCACAGCAGCAGCAGCACCAUCACCACCACCAGCACCACCAGCAUGAUCUGAGGCAGCCUCUGGAGCUGGUGAGCGAUUCUGAGGGGCUGUCGGACGGGGUGAGCCCCGAGCAGCGGCGGCAGGGCGUGCGGCGCAGCCGGCGCAUCAUGCGGCGGCGCCGCGACGCGGCCGAGGCCGCAGAGCUGCAGCAGCUCGCAGAGGAUGUGGCGGCGGAGGCGGCUGCAGAGGCGGAGGAUGCGCAGCAGGCGGAGGCACGGCUGGGGGAGGUGCAGCAGCCCGCGGUGUCGGGGGUGGCGGAGCCGGCCAGCAGCAGCGACAGCGAAGACCCGGGCCUGCACUCUCCAGCCACCCGCGCGCGGCGCGUGCGGCGGCGCACGCUGGCGGGCGCCGCGGCCGACGAGGCGGCGGCGGCGGCGGCGGUAGCUUCGCAGCGGCACGAGCCCGCGGAGCAGGGCCGAGGCGUGGACAGGGGUGCAGCCGCUGUCGCCGGCGCAGACGCCGCGGCGGCGCCCGACGGCGGCAGCGGCGGCUUCAAGGCGCCCGCGGGGAGGAGCCCGCAGCACCACCGCCGCCGGCAGGCGGCGGCGGCGGCUGCCGCGGCGGCCGCCGCCAUGCAGCGGCUGGACAGCACGGUGGGCCUGCUGCACCACCACGCGCCGCAGCUGGAGGCUUCGGAGGUGGCGGCCGGCGGCGGGGGCUGGGAGGGCGGCACGCAGCGCGCACAGCAGGAGGUCACCGUCAGCAUGCGGCAGCCGCCGGCCGCCGCUGCAGGGGCCCAGGGCUGCGGGGUCGUGGUGGAGCAGUCUCCAGCCAUGGAAGUCAGCUCCCGGCCGGUGCUGUCUGCAUCACGUGUCGGCCUAGCCACGCAGCUGGGCAGCCAGCAGGCGGGGCACGAGGCCAGUAGCCUAAACUCAGCCGAGCAGCCUGCGAACGAGCGUGUGGGCAGCGUGGCGCAGCGUGGGCGGGCAGACGCCCCCUCUGUCGGCAACGCUCCCCUGGCCACCACAGCAGCGGCCGCAACGUUUGCCGAGCAGCUGCAGGCGUCGGCGGAGGGCCGUGAGGCGAGCACUGGCCACAACCGUGCCCCACCGCCGCCGCCGCAGUUUGCGGUGGACGCGCUGCUGCCGCAGCAGGCGCAGGGGCAGCUGCCGCUGCCGCCGUCCGGCCCGCGGCAGCAGCGCCAGCAGCUGCAGCCCACCGCCAGCACUGGCACCUCCCGCCCGCCCGCCUUUGGCUCCCAGCAGCAGCGCUACCUGCCUCCGCAGGCCAGCGGGCGCCAGGCCUCCCGCCUGCGCCGCCAUUCAGCCGGCCUGGACGCCUCUCAGCACGGCGAGGCGGCGUAUGCGGCUGCCGCCGCCGCUGCGGCGGCAGCCGACGCGGGCCUGGCAGCCAUGGGCAGCCAGGCGGCGGCCGUGGCGGCCGCGGCGGCCGAGGGGGAGCAGGCGGCGGCGCAGGCGCAGGCGACGCAGCAGGCGCAGCAGCCACAGGCUACCAUGCUGUCGGGGCGGGGCCCCUCGGUACUGGGCGACUUCAUGCCCGGCUCGCAGCUGCCCACCGGAUCCGAGAUCCAGCAGCGGCAGGCCUCGGUGGCGGCCGGCGGCAGCGGCGGCGGCGGCGGCGGCGGCCGCGCGGCGGGCACCCCGCAGCAGGCGCAGCGCGGGCACCAGGUGGACAGCGCCGUGGGAGCCAUCGUGCACACAGCAGGCGAGGCACCUGCUGCCCGCGCCUGGCCGCCCGGGCUGGGGACCGGCCCCUUCCGCCCCGCCGCGCUGCCAGCACAGGCCGCUGCCGCCGCGGCGCCGGCUGCCGUGCUUGUUGCUUGCUUGUACGCGGACGGCGGCGAGGAGGUGAGCGAGCCCACGAUGUUCCGCCGCCGCUACGGCGGCCACCUCAACCUGGCGCCCGAGGCGCAGGGCGGGCUGGCGCUGGCACCGCAGCUGGCCUUCCUGGGCUGCCACUCGGAGCUGCUGGUGUCUCCCUCUGACGACGGCAACGUCUUUGUGUGGGACUACGCCAGCGGCCAGCUGGUUGCGGUGCUGCCACCCGCGCCACCCGCAGCCGGCGGCGCCGGCCCGGCAGACGGCGCGGCGGGCGCGGCGGCCGGCGUGGCGUGCGUGGCGCCGCACCCGCUGCUGCCGGUGCUGGCCAGCGCGGGGCUGGACGCCACGGUGCGGCUGUGGUCUCCCGAGGCGGAGCAGCAGCGCGGCAUGGAGCACGCGGCGGCAGCGGCGCGAGCCAACCUGGAGCGCCUGGCGGCGGUGGGCUGGCAGCAGCCCGCCCCCUCGUCCUGGCUCCUCGGCGGCGGCGGUGGCGAGCGGAGGGCGGCUGCGGGGCCCGGCGGGGCCUCCAUGCAUUGCAACACGAUGUAG